GGUGUUUGACAGGAAGAGGAGGCCUUUCUCUGGGCAGGAAGCUGCGCUACGGAAAGAGGGAGGAGACUGCCGCGGCGACAGCAGGGACUGGUGGAAUCCCGAUGUGGCUCAGGGACCGCCACCGCCAGCAGGGAGGCGGAGGGCUAGCGAGCCAAGCGGUGGGGACGCCACUGCCGUCCUCUUUGCCUGCCUUGCCGCCCUCCUAGACACGCUCUUCAUCUACGGAUCCUACCCUCCCAGCUCUUGCAAGCAUUCACUCGGCCGGUCGCCUGCUGACCCUCCUUCGCCACAGGCUCAUAGCGGAGGCAGCAGCGAGGUGUCCAAUUUGGGCACGUGAGGCCCGUGAUCCGCGGCGGUGGACGCCAGGCAGGGCAAGGCCAUUAGUGGGCGCCAGAAUGGAGAGGGGGAUGGGAAGGAAUCCAGCAGGAGACAUGGGGUGGAGCAGGCAUGAAGACCCCCAACGCACAGGAAGCCGAAGGGCAACAAACCAGGGCAACUGCAGGACGGGCCACUGGGUCUGCAAACAUGACAAAGAAAAAAGUCUCCCAAAAGAAGCAGAGAGGCAGACCUUCAUCCCAGCCCCGCAGGAACAUCGUGGGCUGCAGAAUUUCUCAUGGAUGGAAGGAAGGGGAUGAGCCCAUCACCCAGUGGAAAGGAACCGUUCUGGAUCAGGUGCCUAUAAAUCCCUCUCUUUAUCUGGUGAAAUAUGAUGGAAUUGACUGUGUCUAUGGACUGGAACUUCACAGAGAUGAAAGGGUUUUGUCUCUUAAAAUUCUUUCUGACAGGGUGGCAUCAUCUCACAUUAGUGAUGCCAACCUUGCAAAUACCAUAAUUGGCAAAGCAGUGGAACACAUGUUUGAGGGAGAGCAUGGUUCUAAGGAUGAAUGGAGGGGGAUGGUCUUAGCUCAAGCACCUAUCAUGAAAGCCUGGUUUUAUAUUACCUAUGAGAAAGAUCCUGUCUUGUACAUGUACCAGCUUCUAGAUGAUUAUAAGGAAGGUGACCUCCGCAUCAUGCCAGAAUCCAGUGAGUCUCCUCCAACAGAGAGGGAGCCAGGAGGAGUUGUUGAUGGCCUAAUAGGUAAGCAUGUGGAAUACACCAAAGAAGAUGGCUCCAAAAGGAUCGGCAUGGUCAUUCACCAAGUGGAAGCCAAACCCUCUGUGUAUUUCAUCAAGUUUGAUGAUGAUUUCCAUAUCUAUGUCUAUGAUUUGGUGAAAAAGUCCUAAUUGUUAGGGUAAAAUUUGGCACAUGUGUGGAAACAAAUGUAUAAUUUGUAGACAUGCAAAAAAUGUUGCCUUUCAGUGUAUUGAAAGCUUAUGGAAUCCCUGAUAACUCAACAUCUUUGCCAGCAUUAACUGUUGUUUUGCUCUAAGAAAUACAAACUUGUGUGUACAUGA